AGAGAGAUGAUCGAGGGGUCAACACCAGAGAAACAGACCUGCGGAGCAACGCCUGCUGUUCGCAUUGUACGCGGAAGAAGCAGGGAAAAGCCACGCGCUGAUCGCGGCUGUCAUUACGUCCGCGAGGCCGUCGUCAAGCAGUCGCGCCGUUCCUGAUGACACCUGCACCAGGCCUCACCUGAGCAUGGAGCGGGCUGCGGGAAAACCCAUUCUGGUGGUGCUCUUCCUCCUCAUCGCCGCACACUCAAAUUUUGGCCAGCAAUAUCAAAACCAAAACACUCAGCGGCAAAGCCAAAAUCAAAACCAGAACUACCCCGAAGAGACACGGCCCCCUAACCGACCAUUUGUGAGCCCAACACGCAGGCCCAGUAUCGUCACGGAUCCCACUCUGACAGAAUCCGUGGUCACUAGACCCACCAGGUACGGCGGAAACGUAGCGUCAAGCACCACCACGACCACCACUCCAAGAACCAACACCCACAGACCAACGCAAUCAACCCCGUCAAGUGCCUCUAAUGAAGUACUGAGUUUUCCGGGUUGUGGUAUACGAGAAACUCGUCCCGCUGCCUUGAUCACCAGCGCCCUUCCCACAUAUGAGGGUGAAUUUCCGUGGCAUGCAGCCAUAUUCACACGAUUCUCAAACACCGAACAGCCCCGUUACGCUUGUGGAGGCAGUCUAAUCUCAAAGAAGGCGAUAAUCUCUGCCAGCCACUGCGUAACAAGAGAAAAUGGAGUGAAGAGAGCCGAGGAUGACAUCACCGUUUAUUUAGGGAAAUACUACAAAAACGAGGGAUGGAAUCCAGAUCGCGGUGUUGAAUCACACACGCCCUCCAGGAUUAUCCUCCAUCCCGAAUACAACAAGGACAAUUUGACUAAUGAUAUCGCAAUCAUUAUAUUUGGAAGAUAUGUCACUUUUACGAAUAAAGUGUCUCCUAUUUGCUUGUGGAAUACAGAUCCUGACCUGAAGAAACUUGCAGGAAAAUAUGGAACGGUUGCAGGUUGGGGGCUGAUGGACGUAAAACGAAAUUCAGAAACCAACAUGUUGCAGAAAGCCAAUUUUCCUGUCCAUUCUUUUGAGGUUUGCGUGCGAAGCAAACCUGAGUUUUUCACGACAAUUCUUGCCAAAGACAACACUUUUUGCGCUGGAUACACAAAUGGCACAAGUGCGUGCAAUGGUGACAGCGGCGGCGGUAUGGCUUUUGAGAUGAACGGCCGAUGGUAUUUGCGUGGCGUGGUCAGCAUUGGAGUUCCACUGGAAAGCGACCAGCGGCUGUGCAACCCCAAAUACUACACAAUAUACAGUGAUGUAGCAAAGUACCUUGACUGGAUCGCGCGCAACGUCGAAGGUGUAACCGUGAUUCAGCCUAGAUCUGGUUGAUCGUAUUACUACCCUGAGACAGUGCUAAGGGGUGCCGUGAUUUAAAUUAUGGUUGUUUCACGUUGCUUGCGGUGCAAAGUCUAUUGCUUAAGUUUUAAAUGAAUCUGUUGAAAUAAAAGCAGCAGUGGUAAUCAG